UGAUUGAUUGAGAUGGAGUCUUGCUCUGUCGCCCAGGCUGGAGUGCAGUGGCGUGAUCUCAGCUCACUGCAGUCUCCACCUCCCAGGUUCAAGUGAUUCUCCUGCCUCAGCCUCCCAAGUAGCUGGGACUAUAGGCGCGUGCCACAACGCCCAGCUAAUUUUUGUAUUUUUAGUAGCGAUGGGGUUUCUCCAUGUUGGCCAGGAUGGUCUUGAACUCCUGACCUCAAGUGAUCCGCCUCAGCCUCCCAAAGUGCUGGGAUUACAUCAUCAAGUUACUUUAGAUAAGUGGAAUCUCAGCCCUCCUAUAUCUGGAAGUGUCAAGAUGUUACUUUGUUUCAUUAUAUACUAUAUAUAGUACAGCUGCUUGGCAGUGUUGUUAUUUAUUGCCUGCCCAGAUCCUCUGUCCUAUUUUUCAUUUUAUUUCUGUCUGGUAUACAGAGGCAUUCUUGUUAUUAGUAUUAUUGUUUCCAUUUAAUCAUAACAGGCUUUUUUUGUGCCUGCUUGUGAAACUUCCGUAAAUUACUUUUAACACGAUGCUUAGUUAUUUGUGUACAUUUUCAUCAAUGUGAUUCUGCUGAUUUAAACUGGGAAAAAAUGUCUGCAAACUGCACAGCCUCUUUCUGUUCAUUAAAGCCUGAAGUUUAUUGAAACCAAAGAAGACCCUGCGGCUGGGGCCCCGGUGACGCCGUGAGGUCCUUGCCCGGUGUCCUCAGAGGCUAGGUGUGCGUUACAGAGUUCCUGAGAGCUUUAGAAAAAUGAUAGUCACACUUCGUGCAGAGUGAACUGGGUGGCGAACAGAAUGUAUUCUGUAUAAGAUGUUAAUUCUCAUACUUUCUGAAGCUUAGACUGCCUGUUUGUUACAGUGUAGGUACUGUUGUUUCGGAAGACCGUGCAGUCUUUUUAACUGAUGACGAGCAAGGCUUUGUCUCUAAUUCUGCCCAGUUAAAGUGCAGGCGUUAGGCUAGAGCUGGGACGAACCCCGAGCGGCUUCAUUGGCUUUCCUACUUCUUUUGCAUCCCAAAGCAUAAGCUUAAAUCGUCUCAGAAGGACAAGGUCCGCCAGUUUAUGGCAUGCACUCAGGCUGGCGAGAGAACUGCUAUCUACUGCUUAACGCAGAAUGAGUGGAGACUAGACGAGGCCACGGACAGCUUCUUCCAAAACCCAGACUCGUUCCACAGGGAGUCCAUGCGGAACACUGUGGACAAGAAGAAGCUGGAGCAGCUGUACGGCAGGUACAAAGAUCCACAAGAUGAAAACAAAAUUGGAAUCGAUGGGAUUCAACAGUUUUGUGAUGAUCUGAGCCUAGAUCCUGCCAGUAUCAGUGUGUUGGUCAUAGCGUGGAAGUUCAGGGCAGCAACUCAGUGUGAAUUUAGCAGAAAGGAAUUUCUAGAUGGCAUGACAGAACUCGGGUGUGACAGCAUGGAGAAGCUAAAGGCUCUUCUGCCAAGACUGGAGCAGGAGCUGAAGGACACAGCCAAAUUUAAAGAUUUUUAUCAGUUUACCUUCAGUUUCGCUAAGAACCCAGGGCAGAAAGGUUUAGACUUAGAAAUGGCUGUUGCGUAUUGGAAGUUAGUGUUGUCUGGAAGAUUUAAGUUUCUAGAUCUCUGGAACACGUUCUUACUGGAGCAUCACAAAAGAUCAAUUCCAAGGGACACCUGGAACCUCCUUCUGGACUUUGGAAACAUGAUUGCAGAUGAUAUGUCUAACUACGAUGAAGAAGGAGCUUGGCCUGUUCUUAUAGAUGAUUUUGUAGAAUAUGCACGGCCAGUAGUCACAGGUGGAAAACGCAGCCUUUUCUAGGCAGCAAGUUAAGCAGGAGUAAGAUUGUGAAAUGAUUUGUAUCCUGCAAGGAGAUUUCGGUCAGUUCCUGGGUGCAUUGUCACUGAUUCCAGAAGUCAUUGUUGACCCGCCAUGGAACCAGAGGAGCCCCUCCCAUUCUGCCGGAGGACAGCAGUGGCUGCUUUGUGGACACCGCAGGAAGUUCCCCAGGACAUGGCUGCUUUGGGAUGUUUGGAGAUUUGUCAUCAUAGCUGUUGCGUUAGGAGAUUUCUGCAUGACUUUUUAGUAUUUACAAAACACUAAGGUAGAGCCGUGGCGCCGCCUGUGGGACUGCAGAGCAUGCUGCGUAGCUCGCGCCAUCAGGCGAACCAGCGGCCGGCCGAACGCCGCCGAAUGAUGUUGCAGUGGCACUGGAAGCACGGCACGUGUCCUCUGCAGGAUGCUGCGUUUUUAUAUAAGUCAAAGCUGUUAAGAAUGUGCCCUAAAGGAGAUGAUGUUGUCAUAGAGUCUAAUGUUUUUUAAAAUUGGUGCCAGGAAUUCAAGAUUUAUAUUUUUUGAAUUAUCGAAUAUCUAGAUUUACCAGCUCUAUUUUUGUUUCCAUUUUCUCUAGACAUACAUCUGAAAAUCAUUUUAUGGUUCUCAGUCCCCAUGUAGCUUUGCACAGCAACGGCACACAUGGCACAAUUCCAGCAGAGUUUAUCUCACACCGUUUAUACAUCAGUGGACCCCUCUUACUUAAAUGUUACUUGACCUGAGAAACUUCAUAAAGUGUGUUUUUAAAAAAUAUGUUUUAGUUAUAUUUUAAAAGACAUUUUUCCAUGAAAAACAUUUCUUUCAUGAGUGAUGAAUUGUAGAUUUUAAAAUCGAGGCCAGGCACGGUGGCUCACGUCUGUAAUCCCAGCACUUUGGGAGGCCGAGGCAGGUGGAUCACCUGACGUCAGGUGUUCGAGACCAGCCUGGCCAACAUGGUGAAACCUCGUCUCUACUAAAAAUACAAAAAUUAGCCGGGCGUAGUGGCACAUGCCUAUAAUCUGAGCUACUCGGGAGGCUGAGGCAGGAGAAUCGCUUGAACCCAGGAGACGGAGGUUACGGUGAGUCGAGAUUGCGCCACUGCACUCCAUCCUGGAUGACAGAGUGAGAUUCUGUCUCAAUAAAUUAAAAAAUAAAUCAAUACAAUAAAAUCGAAUGAGUUGGUUUUUUCCACCCUCCUGUGGUGCCCAUGGUGCCAGCAUCUGAACCUUUGUGCCCCUGUGCACAUUCGGAAGCUAAAAUGUACAUCGUUGUCCGAAAAAACCCAACCCCAAAACCUUCAUCUGAUUGGUGAGCUGAAGUCUGUCUUUGUGCCGUGUUUUCAUCUGUUUUUCGUGGCCUCCUGGUUGAGGGGUACCCACGAGUGCCGCCCAGGUGUGGAGGGCAUGUGUCGAGUUGUGGACAUCACUGCUGACCCUACCUCACAUGUGCCGAGACCCUCAUGUCACAAGUGUGCCUUGCUGCCCCCCUGCAGCACCGUGCAGGACGUGGACCAGCUGGAGAUGUUUCCCAGGGGAGAGGAGAGUCGCAGCAGAUGACCCAGCUGCGGUGUGAGAGAGCAGAGCCCAGACGCGCAGCUGGGUUGGCUUCUGAGAACAGGACUCGCCCUGUGCUUCAGGAACAUCUGAUGGCUGAGGUUCGUGAGCUUGGCGGCUGCAGGACGAACCUUCGAUGCUUCUCAGCAGAGAUGGUCACAGGGGGCAGCAGGGACAGGACUGGAAGGGACCUGCAGCCUGGAGACCCCGCCUGGCCCCCGCUGGCUUCUGGUGGUCCAGUGAUGGGCAAGUCACAGACCUUCCCCAGGCUCUGCUUCCGGAACCCUUAACGGGAAACUGGGCCUGUCUACCUUUAGAAGUCUUCGAUUCUCAGAGAGCAUUUGUUUAAUACAAUAAAAACUGGCUUUAAUAAAAACCUCAAAAAUGUGAGCGCAUCUUGGAGGCUUCAUGGAUUCUUGACAUGUAAUUGUUCUGUUCAGAAAAGUUUAUAGAAUUCAGAUAAUUCUGUAUAAAUUAUGGAGAUCCGCAGUACUUUUUUGUUUUUGAGAUUUAAAGUUCUAAGAGAUUGUCAAUAGAUAUCAAAAUAUCACUGGACAAAGGCUUUUCCAGAAAUUGUUUUUUUCUUCUGUUGUACACAUUUGAGUCCUGCAUGCUGUGAAAUGCUGAGAACAGAAGCAUUAAAUCGUUUUAUCUGGGG